AUGUUAAGCAGAGUCUUUGUUCGUUCUUUGGCUUCCUCCGCUAAGGCAGGAAUUAAGCCACCUAUUCAAUUGUUCGGUUUGGAUGGUACAUAUGCAUCCGCUUUGUUUACGGCUGCCUCUAAAACCACUUCUAUUGAGUCUGCCUCAAAGUCACUAGAAGCAUUGUCAUCGACUGUUGCAAAGGAUUCAAAGUUGCAAACUGUGUUGUCUAACCCAGCUUUAUCUUCAGAAGAUAGGACCGUUGUUGUGGGGACUUUGAUCAAUACUAUUCCUUUGGAUGUAUCUGUUCAAAACUUAGUCAAAGUUUUGGCAGAAAACAACAGGUUGAGCUUGUUGCAAGAUAUCGGUAUACAAUUUGGUAAGUUGACGGAUGCUCAUAAUGGUCUAAUGCAGGCUGUUGUGACUACUGCUCAACCUAUGGACAGCAAGUUAUUUAAAAGGGUUGAGAGAGCUUUGGCUCAAUCUUCUCUUGUUGGUAGCGGCAAAACAUUGAAGUUACAGAAUGUAGUGAAGCCGGAAAUUCAGGGUGGUUUGAUUCUAGAAGUUGCCGACAGAACUGUGGAUCUAAGUAUUAUCUCCAAGAUCAACAAGUUGAAUCAAGUGUUGAAGGAAUCUCUCUAG